CCCUCAGGGCUGUGUUUUUAACCCGAAGGAGAAUUGAUUUCAUGCUACUUCUGAUUUUGGUGUACAAAGGCAUAAAAAACAGAAAACAUCAACAGUAUAGCUAUAGCCAGAAGUUUUCCAUCACCUAGAAUUUUAGGAUUCAGACAUAAUUAAAAACAAAAAAUUAUAAGAACAUAAUGUAGAUCUUUUAUUUAACAUCAUGUAAUCAAAAAAACUACAAAAUGAUAUCGCAAAAGUCUACAGGAAGCCAUAAUGUCACAUUUUUCAAUUUUUGUCAGUUUUUCGUGAAGUAUAUGGAAAACUACAAAGCGGAAUCACCAGUUAACAGCACACACAAAAGAGCAACAGCAGCUGGAGGGAGGAAGACAAAAACAAAAACAUCUGAACACCUAGGAACACAGGCAUCUUCCCUCCCAGACAGAGAGAGAGAGAGACAGAGAGAGAAAGAGAGAGAGACAUCAUCUGAACACCUAGGAACACAGGCAGCUUCCCUCCCAGAUCGAGAGAUGGAUCCUCCAUCAGACACAGCAGGCAUGGACACAGAGGCUCAGGCUCUCAGAGUGCACUUCAGGGUGGAUGAGGAACCCUUGCAGCUGGACCCUCUCCCUGGACUGAAACUCCCAAGUAUAAGAGAGAAGCAGGAAGGUCAGGUCUGUCUUUUGGAUGAGCAAAGGAGACAGGAGGAGUACUAUUUACUGGCUGAGCUCACCCGCUUUGAGGAGGAGAUCAGGGCGCGCUCCUGGAAGGAGAGGGAGCGUCAGGAGGCUCUGCAGAGGAAGCGGUUCGAGGAGAACCAGGAGAGAUGGAAGAGCCUGCACAACAUCACCCUCAGCCAACGCCUCAACAAGCCGUGGGUGUUCAGUUUCUUCACGAAUAUCCCGAUGCACAUUUACUGCCAGCCCAUCAGGAAACCUCCGAAGGCGCGGCGUGCCAGGAACUGGAGAUGAGAAUCCUGUGAACAAGCAGCAGCACCGUGCGGAAACUGCCUGGACAUAGAGCAGCAUGGGAGGAGGGAGGGAUUGAGAGCACUGUGAUUGCAAUGACUUGAUCACACCUUUACCUUUCCUUUAUUUUAACACACUGAAGUUUCUGGAAUGCAAUUAUAUUGCUAACGUUUUAUUUUGAGUGUCAUACAUAUAUAUUUAAUUAAUAUGCAGUUAACCAUUUGCUGAAGUUUAGUUACAGUUGAGUAUGUUUUUCUGAGACUUGGGAGUUUCCUGCUCUAGUAUGACGAAUGUUUUAAAGUCUGUUUUCUUACCUUUUUAUUAGCUUUGUUAACAUUAUUACAGGUCACACUAUUUUUGUGCUGAGAAUCAAUUGGUCCUUCACUUGUUUUUUCAUUGUUCAUUUCUAAUAUGUAAAUAUUCCAAAUAAAAUGCUGCA